AGUCCCUUGUACCACACCAUUCGUGUAUUCUUCUAACCAUCGAAUUCUGAAUAUACAAGUCGCCAUGGGGAUCUUAAGCAGGAAUGGGUUGUUGAUGAUUCUGCUACUCUUUUUAUUUGGUGCUGUGCGUAUCCAUGCAGAAAUUAAGACAUGCACCAGCAAAAGUAGUCCAUGCCGCUUUAAAAAGAUGAUUUGCCCAGCACAAUGCCCAUCAUCAUCACCGAAGGACCCGAAAGCGAAAGUUUGCUAUAUCAACUGUAAUUCACCCGUAUGCAAAGCUGAGUGCAAAAAUCGGAAACCAAACUGCAAUGCCCCUGGAGCAGGAUGUUACGAUCCCCGCUUCAUUGGUGGAGAUGGCAUUGUUUUCUACUUCCACGGCAAGAGCAACCAGCAUUUCAGCUUAGUUUCGGAUCGCAACCUCCAAAUCAAUGCCCGCUUCGUCGGGCUCCGGCCAGCAGGCCGAACCAGGGACUAUACUUGGAUUCAAGCCCUGGGUGUCUUGUUUGACUCCAACACUUUCUCUCUCGAGGCCACCCGAGCGGCGACCUGGGAUGACAAAAUUGACCAUUUGAGAUUCUCUUACAAUGGGAAGGAACUAAUGAUACCAGAAGACCAUCUCUCUGUAUGGCAAAGCCCGGAAGAAGACAUCAGAGUGGAGAGAACAUCGAAAACGAACAGCGUCAUAGUCACUCUCCCAGAGGUUGCAGAGAUAUCAGUCAAUGUUGUGCCCGUGACCAAGGAAGAUAAUAGAAUCCACAACUAUCAGAUACCUUCAGAUGACUGUUUUGCUCACUUGGAGGUACAGUUUAGAUUCUACGGUCUGUCCUCAAAAGUUGAAGGAGUUGUUGGCCGGACUUACCAGCCGGAUUUUGAGAAUCCGGCAAAGCCAGGCGUGGCAAUGCCAGUUGUGGGAGGCGAGGACAAGUACAGAACCACGUCACUUCUCUCGGCAGAUUGCAGCUCUUGUGCGUUCUCUCCAUCUGAAGUUUCGGAACAAAAGGACUCGGUGGUGACGGAAUAUGGCAUGCUAGACUGCACCGGCGGAGCCAGCGGUGGGAAUGGAAUAGUUUGCAGAAAGUAAGUACGAAAUUUGGUAUAUCUUCAAAUUAAUAAAUUAGGACAUCUGUUUGAUCUUCCUUUUAUGAGCGGAGAUUUGCUCGAAGAAAGUGAAAGCGGAUGCUAUUCCUCUUUGUUUUCUCUGUUUUAACACACCAGAUUUGUGUUCACACUGUGUGACCCUUUCUUUCAAUUGCUUCAUUCCAUGUAAAAGUAUGCAGUGAUCAAAUAAAUAUGGGAUACCGAUACGUUUUCUUUAAGAAUAAAA